AUGGAUGAAAUCCGCGAUAAAUUAAGCUUAGCUAUCAGAAUUGCGCUUUUGGCUUUAGAUCCCAAAGAAAGUGAAAUUAGGAUUUGGAAAAUACAAAAUUGGGAGUCUAAGGAUGGUAAUAACCAGGUAGAAACUACUUUAUUAGCCGGUACUGAUUUGUUUGUUAGUGUUAUUGGUCUUAAUAUAAAUGAUGGAAAACAAUGCAUUCUUUCGUUAUUCCUCGGAGAAGCCAAAGAUAAUAAAUCUCUAGGCCAAGGUGUUUUGGAUUACAAAGAUGAUUUAAAAUUAGACCAAGAAAAAUUUCCAGUCUCUAUAAUAAACUAUUUACACAACAAGAGACAUUCUGAUAUUAUUGACAUUGUAAGAAAGAAACUUCAAUUGAAAGAAAAUCAUUCCUUACCUAAACUAGAAGAGCAUGAAUACAUGAAGAGGGCAUUAACUCCAGGUGUUACUGACCCAAAGAUAUCAAUUUCCAAAGAUCAGCAAGGAUUACCGCGCACCACCAAUUCAUCAGGUAAUCCACCAGAUAUGCCUGACUUUGAUGAUGAAUAUGAAAUGUUAGGCGGAAAGAACCCCAGUCAACAGAAUCCUUACCCUGGCUUGAAUAUUGCACAGCCCCAAGCAAGCGGGUAUGGUCAAAAAGAUUUAUACCCUACUGGAGAGCGUAUUCCAAAUCUUUUAGAUCCACUAGCUACCUCUCGUCCUUCAAAUAAUGGUAUUAUGGGACCUGGCUCAGGUGGAAUGUCAUUUGAUCCAUUAAGAGAUUUCCAAAGACAACAAGAUGAUGCUAAUAGCCAAGGUAACGUUGGACGGAUGCCAGGAGCACGCUGGUCAGACCCAUUUGGCAAAGGAAAUCCAGGUGGCGGUGCAUUUGGAUCCAGUGGAUUUGGCUCUGGUGGGUUUAGACCUGGAGAAUUUGGACCCGGAGGAUUUAUUUAA